AUGCUGGAGCAGCGGCAGGCCGUCGCCGGGCUUCUACUAAUAUGCGCUUCAUUAUUGUGCCUCAUCUACUACGAGGAGAUCAAGGAGGUCAUGAUGGUGCAACUCCCACUCAAGCUGCCCCGUCCUCGACACGAUUAUGACAAGAUCAAUGACGGCGAAACAGAGCGUCCGAUGAAACGACCCAAGGCAUACGACGAUUCGGAUGAAGACUACGAGGAUGGACUAUCGACACCAUCACGCGACAUCUUUGAUACGUGCCCGUUGAAGCGGAAAGACCCGUGGGAGGAUGAAUUUAUGGCAAAACUCGGGAAAAGCGAGAUCACCUCUUGUCGUCCCCAGGAAUUGCUGACGUCGUUCGAAAAUGGGCAAAUUUUGCUGAACCCAAAAAAUCGGCAAAGUUCGGGCCACAGCUGUGAAGGGCGAUGCAUCUACUACAAGGCGAAUUACGCGAUUCGCUCCGACGAAUGGCAGCCUAUUAAAGGCACCAAAUUUUUGUGUGACGUGGUGGAGGUGCAGUGCAAAGCUGGCGACGGGAAAAUCGACUACAAAUAUUUGCAUACGCAGAUUUACGAAUAUAGUCGAGACCGAUUGAAGGAAUUCGGUGAUUUGGGUCGACCGACAAAUGCGCGACAUAUCACGGAAAAUACCUUACAUCCGGACGUCUACAUUAUCAUUCUCGAUGCCAUGUCGAUGACCGGCGGAUUUAGACAGAUGCCAGCCACAAUGGUAUUUCUGGAAGAAGCCCUCCAAGCCGUACCCUUCUAUCACGUGGCCAAAGUCGCCGAAAACAGCAAGCCCAACUCGAUAGCGUUUUUAUUUGGCGAGAUCCCGAUCCCGGUGGACCGGCGGGUAUUCGGGGUUCGGGACGUACUACCGUAUACCCUGGAUGAAAACGAGUCAUGUGGCAGGCCGCUGGACAAUGAAACAUAUGUCAUGUUUGAAUAUGAGGAUGCGGGCUACAAGACGAUGUGGGCUUGCGACUACUAUUUGGGCAAUUUUGCUUACACGAAUUGCAAGGGGCUUCAGAAGCAGCUGGCGACACAUUAUAUGCGCCCCUUCCAAAUCCGCGGCGCUUACCAAACCGAUCGUCUGCUAAAAGAUGCCAUUUUUGAUCACGAUAAGUGCCGAUACCCAUACGUCCACCUGCUCGACUACCAGAAGAAGUUCAUCGACGCCUAUCCGGGAACCCCAAAAAUGUCGUUAAUGUGGAGCGUGGCUGCGUCGCACGACUCGGAACGACCGAUGGCCAACACCGACCACGACUUUCGACGGUUUUUCGAGGAGAAUAAGCAUAAAUUUGACAACGCGGUGACAAUCGUGAUGGGCGACCACGGGCCACGAUAUGAUAGUGCAGUAAAUACCAAGCAGGGAUUGUACGACAAAAACAACCCAUUAAUGCUCGUCUCACUCCCGAAAACAUUAAGGGAGACAAACAUGCAAAAAGUGCUCAAAAGAAAUAGCGAAUUCCUGUCUUCUCAUCAUGAUCUUCACGCCACUCUGGUCGACAUUAUUCGGCACCAACCGUCCUCCAAUUUCACUGAUACCUCCUAUCUACGCAUUAAUGGCACAUACGGAUCUUCGUGGCUGCGACGUUUCGAGUCGGGCGUGCCGAGAACUUGCAAAACGCUACCGAUCCCAUCACAGUACUGUUUGUGCGAUUAUGGACAGGAGGAGAUCAGGGAUGGUUCACUGAAGAAAAAAUUGGGCGAACUGGCGGUAGCCGAUGUGAAUAAACAUCUCCGAGAGCGUGGCGUUGAUGGGCAAUGCGAGGAAGUGAAGCUUGAAGAGGUCGGGAAGCUGCUGUCGAUCCCGUCAAAAUUUUACAAAGCCCGCUACCGUGUCCAUUUCACUACGAAAAACGAGGCGAAACUUAUUACAACCUACGUGGAAUUGGAGAAUGGCAGCUUGCAAUUGCUGGAAAAGGAAUGGGACCGGGUGAAUAAAUACGGCUCGACAGCUGACUGUCUCCAAUCUGAUGCCAAGAAUUUCGACUUGAGAAUAUUGUGCUACUGUAAAAAACGGGCUAUU